AUGGCUAUGUUUCGAGAAGUUUCGGCCUUUGGUGCCAUGUUGACGUUAACAUCACUCUUACUGAGACCUAUUAACGCCGAAGCAACAGCAAAGUCAAACGCGGUCUUCGAUGAGGCCUCGUACACAUACUAUGAGCAAGCUUUGCCGGUGUUCACUGCGGCGGCGGAGCCAUUUUAUGACGAUGAUUUGAGCCAAAUAGCCUCCGUCAGCUUGCCGUUUACACCACGGCCUCAAAGGUACCCUGCAAUUCCCAAACGACCAGUCGAGCCAAUAUGUAUUAUGGCCCCCGGUGACGUGGUAUCGGAGUUUAUUCUCGUGGGAGAUAACUACACCACGUUCAUUCCCAAAGGCGAGAAGCUCGAGAUACUGACCGAAGAUGAUGUCCCGAAGGAUAAGCCGGAAGAGUACCAACUCCAAAGAUUUGUAUUUGAGAAGCCAUCAGGCGGAAAUGACCUUCUUUAUGAUAUCACCUUCACCACGGCGGAUGGUAAGUUUUAUAUUGCACGAGAUGAGAAUGGCGAGGUCGCGGUAUCGAGCAUAAGCUCGAACGGCCAAAGCCCGGUAAAUUUCAAUGGGAAGCAGAUCGUUACAAGCCUGUUCUCUGUCGACUGUACUGGCCUGAUCCAGAUGCAUACUCUGGACACCAGUUACAUAUGGAAAGUUUCUGGCGCGUUCAGUACCGCCGCUGAGGGGAGGGAUGAGGAGAGGCACAUGAUGGCGCUCCCUAUUGAAAUGUUUCAGAUGACGGAAGAAGUUUCUGCUGCAACUCGCACGUCAAGGUUCAUGAGGCCACAGAGAAAUGAAGCGACGGAUGGGCCGCUUCCUCGUUGUCCUGAUGAGCCGGCCGGCUUGGCGUGCUUCAAAAUAGAUCCAAAUCUGCCACAUCCGCCUGGUGGUUGCGGCGGUGUGUUAACGGCGCCGGUUAUAAAGAAUAGUGACUUCGAAGCAAAUUGCGAAGCUAUCGAUAACUGCUACCAGGACUGCGUUCUGUCUUACGACCACUGCAACAAGGACUUCUACCAUGGCAUGAGAAAAGUGUGCCAUAACCUGUAUCCUUGGGGACACAAGCUGUUCAAGCGCAUAGGCUGCGAAAUCGCUGCAUCCAUCUACUUUGCAGCGACAUACACAUUUGGAGCCUUGGAAUUCACCGAGGCCACGGAAGACCUGGGACAUCUCUGCGGCGAUACAUGCGUCGACUACAUGUCAGACUCGUUGAACUGCGGGGCCUGCGCAACGCAGUGCAUGACGCCAAAUUUCCAAUGCGAGGCAGCUGAAUGUGCAUGCUCUGCCGACACGGAAACCGAUGCGGAGAACUGCGGCAUGUGCGGGAGACGUUGUACAGGCUCGAACAAGUGCCAGGCUGGCCAAUGCGUAUGCCUUGAAGACAUCAUGAAUGACGAUCAAAACUGCGGUGCUUGUAACAAUGUCUGCCCAGGACAGACACACUGCGUUCAAGGGAAGUGUGCCUGCGCCGGGGAUCAAUGCGGUAAUAUGUGCUUAGACUUGGCCGACCACCCGCUCAACUGCGGCGUCUGCGGCAAUGCCUGCGCAUCUGGUGUUUGCAAGGAAGGCCAAUGCUAUAACCCAUAA